AUGAGAGGGGAUGUAAUAGAAAUACCGCAACCUCGCGGUAUUCUGCUAGAUGAGGUACUGACUCUGAAUCCGAUCGCUUUUUUGGUACUAUCGAUACCAGCUAGUGGAAACGAUGGGAAAGAUCGCUUUGGCAGCUUGGCUGUUUCUUGCCAUAUAAUUAAGAACCCUGGUCCGUCAAAAAGAAAAAAAAGACAGAGCCUCAGCCAGGAGAACCUGGGGGAGCGCCAGAGAUACCGAUGUUGGGUCCACUAG